AUGGGGACGGUGCUGUCGCUGUCGCCGAGCUACCGCAAGGCGGCGCUGUUCGAGGAUGGCGGCGGCGCGGGGGCCGCGGCGUUGUCGGGACGUUACACGGCGGUGCCGGGCGGCAAGAGCGGCGGCGGCGGCGGCGGGAGGGGGGAGAAGGGCAAUGGCGGCGGCAACGGCGGCAAUGGCGGCGGCGGCGGGAAGCGGCACUCCAUCAUGUCGGCGCUGCCCUGGAAGCGCAUCGCCGCCGUGUCGGCCAAGAAGAAGAGCAGUAAGAAGGUGACGCCGCUGCCGCCGCCGCCGGUGCCGGUGCCGCCGGUGUCGGGGACCGUGACUCACCUGAACAACCAGAACCUGCGCAAGUCCCUGUCGUGCGCGAACCUACCGCCGGGGCCGGGCCUGGGCCUGGGCCUGGGUCAGGGCCUGGGCCUGGGUCAGGCUCCCACACCCGCCCCGGGCCGCGCCGACACCGGCGGCGCCACCAGCUCCCCGAGGCGGGUGGUGGUGCAGGCCAGCACGGGCGAGCUGCUGCGCUGCCUGGGCGACUUCCUGUGCCGCCGCUGCUACCGGCUGAAGCGGCUGGCGGCCAGCGAGCCGGUGCUGUGGCUGCGCAGCGUGGACCGGUCGCUGCUGCUGCAGGGCUGGCAGGACCAGGGCUUCGUCACCCCGGCCAACGUGGUCUUCGUCUACAUGCUGUGCCGGGACGUCAUCCCGGCCGAGCUGUCCAGCGAGCAGGAGCUCCAAGCCGCCCUCCUGACCUGCCUGUACCUGUCCUACUCGUACAUGGGCAACGAGAUCUCCUACCCGCUCAAGCCCUUCCUGGUGGAGAGCUGCAAGGAGCUGUUCUGGGAGCGGUGCCUGAGCAUCAUCCGCCUGAUGAGCGCCAAGAUGCUGCGCAUCAACGCCGACCCCCACUUCUUCACCCAGGUCUUCGCCGACCUCAAGAGCGAGUGCGCGGCGGCACCGGCGGCGCCGGCGGCACCGGCUCAGGAGGAGAGGGGCGGCGGGGAGAAGAAGAAGAAGGAGGGAAUCUCUAUCCCUUUUAAGCCCGUCAGUCUGAGACCACAUCAUUGUCCUUUAUCGGACGGCGGGCAGGCGGGCGGGCGGGCGGCAGGCAUGGCGGGCUGCGCUCCCCACAGAUGA